AUGAAUGACCAGACCCCUGAGCUGGGCAGGAGGAGACGAGCGCCUUGGGAAGCGUAUAAGAGCAUCGAGGGUGCAGUGAAGAAAACCAAGAACACCCGGCUCCGUGCUCAACCCUUUAACCCCACUGUACUUCCUGCUUUGGCCUAUGCUUCGAAAACCUGGGCAUUUCGCAAGCAGGAAGAAAACGCGGUGAGCGUCAUUGAACGGGCAAUUGAGAGAGUGAUGCUAGAAGUAUCCCGUUUCACGCAAGUGAAGGACGGGAUUCGAAGUUCUCUCCUACGUCAGCGAUCGAAGGUUAGAGGUGCCGCCGCGUUCGCCCAGGAAAGUAAAAUAAGGUGGCCCGGACACGUGACGCGCUUUAACGACAACCAUUGGACCAAAGUCGUGAGCGACUGGAUUUUCCGCGAUAUUGAGCAAACUAGAGGAAGACCCGGUGGUAUUAAACCGACCCGAUGGUCAGAUUUCUUCACAACGUCCUUCAAAGAAAAUUAUGAUGCUCUUCGUGUCCCACGCGAAAGCAGGAACCACUUGGUGACUCUGGCACACGACCGGGACAGAUAG